UCUGCACUUUCAUCAUACACAGCUAAGAUCGUGCAAAAAAAAAAAAAUUCAAAGGAUUGUGGUUAUGGGGUUACUUGACAUCUCCAUCAUUCGCAUGGUUUCAAAACUAGUACUAGUUUUGUUGCUGUUUCAUCAUGUGGUUAUUGCUAACUCUUCGUACUCUUCGCAGAAGCAGUAUCCCUCUUGCCCUGAUGAGGAGAAGUCCGCCCUGCUGCAAUUCAAAGACGGCUUUCUUAUUGACAAAUCUGCUUCUAGCGAUGGUUAUCCAAAGGUUUCAUCAUGGAAACCAGCUGAAGGAGAAAACAGCACGUGCUGCUCAUGGGAAGGUGUCAAGUGUGACGAGAGACAGGUCAUGUGAUUGCCCUAGAUCUUGGUAGCAGUUGUCUCUACGGCUCUAUCAACAGCAAUAGCAGCCUCUUCCGCCUCGUUCAUCUUCAAAGAUCCUUUGUCAGAAGAUGAGGAUCGUCCCUUGUUGAAACUUGAGGCAUCAGAUCUUGGAAGCCUGGUUCAUAACUUAACUAGUCUCGAGGUACUUUCUCUCAGUUUCGUAAACAUAUCUUCGGCAAUUCCUCAUUCAAUGGCUAACUUAUCAUCUUUGAAAACCCUAGCCCUCGUGGAAUGUCACCUGUUUGGUGAAUUUCCGGUGAGAAUUUUCCAGCUACCAAACCUAGAAAUUCUUACUGUGAGAUACAACCAAGAUCUGACUGGAUAUUUUCCUGAAUUUAAUCGAAGUAGUCCUCUCAUGCUUCUGAAAGUUUCAUUUACCAGUUUUUUCGGAAACGUACCCUCUUCGAUUGGAAACCUUGAUUCACUGCAAAAGUUGGAUGUGGCUCAAUGCAAUUUUUCGGAAGGGUUGGUUCCAUCUUCACUUGGGAAUCUUAGGAAGCUCACUUAUCUAGACAUUUCAGCCAACAAAUUUGGAGGUCCAAUUCCUGAUUCCUUCUCAAACCUUACCCAACUGGUUACUUUUAGGAUUAGUACGAGUCGAUUAACUGGUCCAAUCCCAUCUUGGUUAGGAAACUUUAGCAAACUAGAGUACCUAGAUUUUAAUUAUAAUAGAUUAAAUGGUUCAGUUCCCUUGUCAUUUUCAAAUCUCACAAACCUUCAGAUCCUUUACCUAGCAUCGAAUAGUCUGAGUGGUGUAGUGGAGUUUCAAAUGUUUCAAAAUCUAAAAUUUCUUUCCCAACUCACAUUCAAUUGGAACAGUUUAGAAUUUGUCACUGAAUCCAGAAUUGUGAAUUCAACAGUUCAACAAUUCACCAUUCUUGGAUUGAGUUCUUGCAACAUAAGUGAGUUUCCAUCCUUCUUACAAUAUCAAAAGGGGUUGACGCGUUUCGACAUUGCUGCAAACAAAAUCCAGGGCCAAGUACCAAAAUGGAUGUGGAACACAAGCAUAGAAACUUUGGUAUUCUUAGACAUGAGUCAAAACUUCAUUUCAGACCAACUUCCACCUGUCCUUCCUUGGGUGAACAUGGUAUGCUUCAAGUUUUCGUCCAACAGGUUUCAUGGAUCACUACCGAUAGCUCCACCAACCAUGCUAGAAUAUACAGCUACAGACAACAACCUUACUGGAGAAAUCUCACCCUUGCUUUGCAAUAUGAAAAAUCUUCAGUUGCUUGACUUGUCGAAAAAUAAGUUGAGUGGCAUGCUUCCUCAAUGUCUCGGAAACUUUAGUGAUGAUCUGAUUCUUUUACUUCUUGGAAACAACUCCUUUCAUGGAGUUAUUCCUCAGACAUACAACAACGGAAACAGUUUGAGGAUGAUUGACGUGAGUCAUAACAAAUUGCAGGGGCAAUUGCCGAGGUCAUUGGUCAAUUGUGUGAGGCUUGAGUAUCUUGUUUUGUCAAACAAUCAAUUCAAUGAUGUUUUUCCCAUUUGGUUGGGGACUCUUCUAGAGUUAAAACUUUUGGCAAUGCGCCAUAAUGGAUUCUACGGUGUGAUUCGAAAAUCUAGAAUGAAUGUCGAUUUCCCCAAGUUACGCAUUCUUGAUUUGUCUUACAAUAAUUUUACUGGCGCGGUUCCAUCUAUCUUUCCAGAUAUUAUUAUAAACAAGUCAGCCUAUAUGUAUACAGACGUAGUUUAUGAUGUCAGCGGGAUCACGAUUGAUAGAAGAGGUGAUUACGCACUCACAAUAGCAACGAAAGGUUUGGAGCAAUACUAUCCAAAGAUUCGAGAAGAAUUUGCAUCCUUUGAUAUAUCAAGCAACAAAUUUGAAGGAAAGAUUCCAGAAUUCAUCGGGAAUCUUAAGGAGCUUCAUUCUCUGAAUCUUUCCCACAACAGUCUCACUGGUUCUAUCCCAUCAUCCUUUGGAAACUUGAUGAACCUUGAAUCGUUGGACCUUUCGCAAAACAUGCUCUCAGGACAGAUCCCCCCACAACUAAAGCAACUUACUUUUCUUGGCAGUUUCAAUGUGUCUCACAACAAUCUCACAGGUCCUAUACCACAAGGAACCCAGCUUACUUCAUUGAAUAUCACUUCAUAUGAGGGAAACCCAGGGUUGUGUGGAGAUCCAUUGCCAAAGAAAUGUGGAAAUUCUACGGCCCCUCAACGUCCACCUUCAACCGUAGACGAAGGUGAUUCUAGCUCAGCAGGAAUAUUUGAAUUUGGUUGGAAAAUUGUUUCGGCCGGAUGUGGAAGUGGGUUGGUCGUGGGGUUAGUUCUUGCUGAUGUUGUGAUCACAAGGAGGCCCGACUUGUUUCUUAAGAUUGUUGGAAUGAUCAGACAAAUGAUAUAUAAGGAAAAUUUAGAGUACUAGUGGGGGCGUAGAAAUUGAGUUUGUUACAAUGUUAUGCAUUUGUUGUUGUUGUUUGUUUUCUCUGUUGUGGUUUCUUUCCUUCUCUUUUUAUAUGUUUAGUUAUAAGUUUGUUUCACGUUAUGUAUUUGUGUUUGUGUUUAAAAUAUUGAGGGGUAAGGUUUAUGUCCCCCCCUGACUAGGUGUAACUUUUUUUUUCUAUUCAAUAAAAUUUUCCCUCGCCGUCGAGGUUUCUUUAAAAAGAAA